AUCGCUGCAAGACAGAAACUCAGCCUCAGUCCCACUUAAGUCGUCCUUGUCCAGCAUGUCUCGCUUCCGACACACUUCUGCCUGCCGUUAGAUCGUCACAAUCACCACAUCGGUAACGAGUCAUCGCGCGCCCGGCCCCACAAGCUUCCAGCAUCGCCAUGGGUGGUGGUCGUUUGGACAGCCAAAGAGAAUGAAACAAUCGGUGGAAGCCGAACAAGAGGUCGCCCGUCUGCCUGGUGAGUGUGGAGAAGAUGACGGCCGCCAUUCGCUGCGCAUCAAUGAGGGAACACAACCAGCCACGGCAGCCUGCAUUGUCAGCGACUUUGACCUCUUCUUUCCUCACCGUCACCGCCUUGGAUGAGUCCAGCCGUUGGUGGUUGCCAUCGCAGGCGCCCUGCAUGGAGAUGUCAGACAUGGGAUGGCAGGAAGGUAGGGCUUGUGGAGGUAGCUAAGUCGGGCAAAGUAUAAAAGGUAGAAGGAUGCCUCUGCUUGUCUUUGCUCCUUGUCCCCCAGAAUCCUAUCGCAAACCUUCUGCCUGUCUUCUUGUGCUACCAUAGCUACCGUUCUUUUACGUCCUUCAGGCAUAUCACAGCAUCUACACAUCAGACAUUAUGGCUCCUGCUGCCGUCACCGAGGAUGUUCCCAAUGGGACUCCUGCUCAAGAACCCGUCAAGGCCAUGUGUACAUGUACCUGCAAGUGUACCGAGACGAACAGAGUCAACGGCCACGACGAGACCAAGCCCCAAGAUGCGCCAGAGCACAAAAAAGACGAAACUAGCCAAACAGACGAAAAGAGAGACUCAGACACAGAAGAUUCGGCCACAGACGACAAAGACAAGCCCCCAGAGGACCAGACCAUGAAGUGCGAGUUCAAGCACCUUGAUAGGAGAUAUGACGAGAAGGACGAACACUACUUCACCGAGCGUAAGACCGAGAUCGAGAAGCCAGCACAAAAGGACUGGUGGCGUCUCUAUGCCUUUUGCCUCGUCAAGCACUACGACCACCGCGGCGAACAUGACAACACCCGCCUCUACGUGAACCCCCAGCCUCUGCGUCAGCUCCUCAGGGACGUCAUUGGCGACUAUCCCUCUGACCCCAUCGAUGUCGACGAUGUCCAGAUCGAAGCUCCCUACCAUGCCCUCUUUCACUACCGCAAGGAACUCCAAGUCGAGGGCGUGAAGCGCUUUACCGACGACCAGGAGUCCCUUCAACAUUUCAACCUCCUCAUGGACUGGAUCAACAACCACUUCGAAUCUGAGAUUGCUGCCUACGAAAAGUGCAUCUCCGGCGAGAUCCGCGCCAUCUCGUACGAUAACGCCUGGACUCUCCUACCACCCGACACCAUUGUUCACUGCAAGAUCUUGGAUCAGGAUCGCGCAUAUCGCGUCCGCCGGUACUAUGAUGAGUACGAUGAGCACGCCAAUCUUGUCGGCAUGACCCUCUCCUGUCGCUACAUUGACUUCGACGGCGAGAAUGUGGGAACCCUCAAGUCGCACCUGACCUUCCGCAAGUACACUGGCGUUGUCCAGCUUAGUGAACUUGACAUCGUCCCCCUUCAUCUACACGAGGACGCCGAUGGGAUCCGAAAGACCCUACUAGCCCGUGGACGCAAGUGGGAGAAGCAUCUCGGCCAACAUUACGUUCAAUACAAUGGCAUCGCUGUCAUCAAAAAGGAAAUGCAAGGUUACGCUCGCUUCGGCGUCAACGGGCGCGUCAUGAUUGACUGCGCCACCUUCCACCGGCUGGCGGCCGACCACUCGUUUGUUGUUAAGAAGUUGCCGAGUUCAAGGCCCAAAGCCCCCUCACUGUCCUCCAUCAAGUUCACAUCAGAGACCAAAGAAUACGAGCCUCUCACUGACGAGCAAGCCAUGCUCACCAACGCCACCGUUCGCGGAUAUUCCUUCACCAUCAAGCGGUUUCUCGAGUUCUUCGUCGACAAGCUGGAACCCAUCCAGUGGAACACUUCGUGCUUUGACGGUCUCGUCCUCGACCCCACCAUCAAGAAGACCGUCCAGGCCCUUGUCUCCAACCACACCCGUGAGCGGCCCGGGUUUGACGACAUUGUCAAAGGCAAAGGCCAAGGCCUUGUCUGCGUGCUUCACGGCCCUCCGGGUGUCGGAAAAACACUGACGGCAGAAUGCGUAGCCGAGUACGUUCAGCGCCCCUUGUAUAUGGUCUCAUCGGGCGAUCUUGGUUGCGUCUCCUCCGAGCUUGACGCCCAACUCACCCAGAUCAUGGACAUGACCGCCACCUGGCGUGCCGUUCUGCUCAUUGACGAGGCGGACAUUUUUCUCGAGCAGCGUGCCCUGCACGAUCUGCACAGAAACGCCAUGGUCUCUGUCUUCUUGCGUGUCCUCGAGUACUACACCGGUAUCCUCUUUCUCACCACCAACCGCGUCACCACCUUCGACGAAGCAUUCAAGUCCAGGAUCCACAUACCUAUCAGGUAUACGGACCUGAGCUUCGAAUCCAAGCUUCAAAUCUGGAAGAACUUUUGCGGAAUGGUGCCCGGAGGUGUGGACAUUGAUGAGCGGGGAUUAGAGAGGUUGGCGGAACACGACUUGAAUGGGCGGCAGAUCAAGAAUGCGGUCAAGGCCGCUGAAUCACUGGCGAGCUUUGAGGGUGUAAAGCUCGACCUGGCUAGGCUUCUGCAGGUCACUAAGAUCCAGUCUGUGUUCGAAAAGGACCUUAGUAGUGUCGCAGGUGUGGAUUACACGGCGCCAGGAGGUAGGGUAAGGGACGCGGAUAGGAGGAACAUGUUCCUGUGAACAGGCUUUUGUCCCUUGGGCGUCCUGUCUUUCUGGGUCUGUGUUCUCUUUUGGUCUUGGUUUCUAGCAGUCAGCGGUUUCUUUUUUCUUUUUUUUUUUUUUCAUUCUGGGUUGUUGAAUUUGUUUUAUCAGGUUGGCAUCUCUAUGGUGUAGGCGUUUGAAAGCAUGUUGGGCUACCAGCGAUAUCUGUAGAUGAUAGAACGACAUAACAAAUGAGUUAACUUGCCGACACGCACCAAAAACUUACAGGCACGCACCCCCACCAGAAAACUGGGG